UGCACUGAGGACCGAUUCUCAGUCACUCUGCUGGUCAACUAGUUUGGGAGACACACAGAGGAGGAAACUGGAGCUGAAGAUAUAAAGUUUACACUGACAACUGACCAACAAGCUUAAGGCAAAAUGUGGCGUGCAGCCCUACUGUUAUUGGCUGCCAGCUUGUCAGUGAGCCUGGCCAGACCCCACCUCAAACCACUGUCCAGUGAGAUGGUCAACUACAUCAAUAAGUUGAACACUACCUGGAGGGCUGGUCACAACUUCCAUAAUGUCGACUUCAGUUAUGUCCAGAAACUCUGCGGUACGAUGCUGAAGGGACCCAAAUUGCCACUUAUGGUUCAGUAUUCUGGAGACAUCAAGCUGCCUAAAAACUUUGACUCCAGAGAGCAGUGGCCCAACUGUCCCACUCUGAAGGAGAUCAGAGACCAGGGCUCCUGUGGAUCUUGCUGGGCGUUUGGCGCUACAGAGGCCAUGUCCGACCGGUUGUGUAUCCAUAGCAAUGCCAAGGUCAGCGUGGAGAUCUCUGCAGAGGACCUGCUGUCCUGCUGUGACAGCUGUGGCAUGGGAUGUAACGGUGGUUACCCAUCAGCUGCCUGGGAGUACUGGACCAACGAGGGACUGGUCUCUGGAGGUCUCUAUGACUCCCACAUCGGUUGCCGGCCGUACACUAUCCCUCCCUGUGAACACCAUGUGAAUGGCAGCAGACCCCCCUGCACUGGCGAGGGUGGAGACACACCUGAGUGCGUCAGCAAAUGUGAACCUGGUUUCACACCCAGCUACAAGCAGGACAAACACUAUGGUAAAACGUCUUACAGCGUGCCGUCAGAUGAAGAGCAGAUCCAGAGUGAGAUAUACAAGAAUGGCCCAGUAGAGGGAGCCUUUACCGUCUAUGAAGACUUUGUGCUGUACAAGACUGGUGUGUAUCAGCAUGUGUCUGGAUCUGCUGUUGGGGGCCACGCCAUCAAGAUCCUGGGCUGGGGAGAGGAAGAUGGCGUUCCCUACUGGCUCUGUGCCAACUCCUGGAACACUGACUGGGGCGAUAACGGGUUCUUUAAGUUCCUGCGUGGAUCGGAUCACUGUGGUAUUGAGUCUGAGGUUGUGGCUGGGAUCCCCAAAUAAACGGUUAAGGUUUUGAGCUGCAGUGACAAUUACAUAAUCACUAGAGGGAGACACACUCAACUUUCUGCUCGAGAACUCGUUUGACAGCUUUUAGUCCUCCUUUGUUCAAGCCCACUGAUCACUUUGCACUCAUGGCAUGUGGUUUUAGUUUGACAGCAGACAGAAAGAAACUCAAGAGCAACCUUCAGCUCAUUCAGAUGGAUUAGCAGAUGGAGUAUGUGCCUGAGCUCUAAUCCCCCCAUUGUAGAAUGGAAAGGUGUUUUUUUUUGUGUGUGUGUGUGUGUGUGUGUGUGUGUGUGUGUGUGUGUGUGUGUGUGAGAGAAUGAGCUGUCGCAAGGUCUUCUUCCUUCACCUCUUACAGGACAGUCAAUCAAAAAGUUGCACAGAAGACACAGGUGUACAUUUAAUUUUACCCAAGGUGACUUUAAGCAGAGAGUCACUGCUGUAGAAUUUAAUUUAUCCCCCAUCAUCACUUUUUUCUGCAUUGGUGCAAAGUGUGGGCCGUCUUAGAGCAACACCGCCCAUUACUGAGAGAAAUUAUGAGACUCUUCCCAACACAGCAGAGAGGGUCAGUUUCUUUAAAAGUCAAAUUUUCAAUGACCACAGCUUUUAUAUCUGAUAUUCUUAUUAAAUAUGAUUUCUCAGUGCCACAAAUGCCACUCCAUAAUGUCAGUAUGUAGUCCCUGAGAUUGGUGUCUGUUAGUGUUUUGAAUUGUGAGUGUCAGAUGAGAACUUGAACUUUUUUUAAUAUGGUUGAUAUGGGGAUGUUUUUAUUGUCUGCCUUUAUUGAUCAAAAAUAUUGACACAGCUGUUAUGUUCUGAAUUAAAUAAAACAAUAUUUGGUAUCCAA